AUGGCACGCGUAUUAGAUCCCAGCUGGCUCUGGGGUUGGUUGUGGGAUUCUAUUUUCACCAUAGACGAGCCUUUUGACACCAAAUACUGCAUAAUUGCAUUCACCACUAUCUACGUUCUUUACAAGACCCUCAAGGCGAUGGGUAUCGUCCUUGUGCCCACCACAAUCUUUCUCCGCAACUGCCUUGUCAGCUUGGCCGUACUGAUCCUUUCCGUCCUCAAGUUAUUCAUUUUGGUUCUUAUUCCAAAGGUAUUUCGAUACGUAUUGGAAAGGCCCCUAGGACCGUUAUUUUCCACCAUGUGGAAUGUAUGGGAGUAUCUUGCGAUGCCAAGCAUCCUUACACACCUUGCCAUGAUCAGAUUCAGGGCUCGCCAAGCAAAAGAAAUGUUGAGGGCAUAUCUCAAUUCUACAAGAGACGAGCUAUACGAGAUCACAGGCGCUGAAUUUAGAUACCCUGACCUACCAGACGGAGACAUAACCGGCAUCCAGCCCAACGAUACUGGUGCAGAACGAUGGAUGAGACAGCUGGUCGAGGAGGACAAUAUCAGGAGACAAGCUCAAGUCCUCGACGAGCAGAAUCGGAUUGCUGAAGCAGAAAACCAGAGAAUGGGAAUCGAGAAUGAGAGGAAGAAGCUCGAGAAUGAAAGGACUGGCUUAGUCUGGGAGGGCCUUCCAAGAGGGCCAGCAAACAGCCAACACAUCCGAGAAAUGGCUCGCCUGAGACUGCUUGCUCCUCCCAGAUCUGGUGAGGCGACAUCAGCUGGAACCUUUAGAGCAAGUGACCCUGUAUCUCUGCCCCCGGUCCAUGAGCCCGCUCCAGUAACUUCAACUAUAUCGGGACCUUUAACUAUACUGGGACCUGUAACCAUACUGGGACCUGUCACUGUACUGGAAUCCUCAACUGCACCGGUACCUCCAACUACACCGGUACCUUCUCCUGCACCGGCUGGCCCUCUUGCACCGACUCCCCCAGCCCCUCCUCCUCCACCAGCUCCAGCUCCUGCUGACACAAGACCUAUUCCAAGAGGGCAAGACAUCAAAAGAGCCUGGGAAGAAGGAUGGUACAGUACCCUGGGACCGAGACGGACCGUAGUCAAGAAUGCGAGCACACAAACGGAGCCAACAGAUCUUGCUAGCCAUGGCAUGAAGAACAAGCCCUUAGAACUGGCACUCCAAACGUACGCCAGUCGGGGCGUACAGACUGACUUGGUAGACACUCCUAUCCAAGAAGAGCCCGAGCACCCAGUAGUUGUGCCAGAGCUUCCAAUCCCAGAGCCGAGUCCAGAUCCAGCUUCGUCUGAGGACACGGACACACAGACGUCUCUCGAUAAGGGGAAGGCCCUCGAGGGACCCCAGCCAAGAAUCAACGCCAACUUGGUCACUAUUCAUAGCAGCAGAGCUGAGGACGAAGUGGCGGAGCCAAAGUACUCUGCUGUAUGCUCACCUCUUCCCGCCACUAUCACAUUUCCUGACUCCCCUGGGCCUACGACUAAUGCGGAACCCGAGCCCAUACAGACUCAUGCUACCGGCCUCGACCGUCCCACCGCUAUCCACUCAUCUAUUCGAGGUUUCGUGAAGUCUACGAUACAUUCAAGACUGUCUGCUGCAGGGACUUCGAGGCGAAAUGAACGGGGGCCCAAGUCCUCUAUGGGCGGCACAAAGGCAAAGGAGUGUAAAGGCAUACAUCAGCAUUCACGACGGGGUGUUCCUAAUAAAGGUAUCACCCAAACUGAGGGUAACAAGUAUGAAGACAAGAAGGAGAAAAUGUGCGAUAUGAUCGUGGGGCUGUUGGACCGACAGCUUACUAGUUCAUUCAGAUCUCUGGAAACUCAGCAAGCCAUUGAUACCACGACCACUUCCGCCAGCGUCCCUAUUCACUCCACACCAAUCUCGAAUGACGACUCGAAACACGAUGCUCAAGGAAGCCCUGUCGUUAGACAUCCAAUUACCCCUGAGCUUCCUUUGACAAAGACUACUGAGCCUGCUACCCCAGAGAGUACAUCUGUCUCUAAUGUUUUGACUAGCGACCCCAUAAGUAUAGCCUCGGGAGCCCAAGACGGCCAAAGCGAAGUCUCUCUUCAGGCCUCCCCAGAGCCCUUUUCGAGCGUCGUAUCCGCCCAGAAUGAGCCAUCCACGGGAAACCAAUCUACUACAGUAUACCCAAGCACUAAGAGGAACCAACAGCCUUCGACUGAAGCUUUGAUUAAAGCUUGUGAAAAUGCCGAUAAAGAGACACCACUGCUCAAAGUCAAUGAAGAUGGGACAACUUUGCCCCCGACUUCGACUUCGCUCCUUUCAAACACGCUGAGCCACUCUGAAUCUGAAGAAAUAACUAUAGGGCAGCGAUCCAGUUCUCCUGGUCCUGGCUUCAUUCCCAUGCUCCGGGGAAGCGAAGACAUAGAUAAUUCGCUCGAUGAGAUAAUCGCAACGUCUGCCCAGCAUGAAUCUGACGAAUCUGGCGAAUCUGACGAAUCUGGCGAAUCUGACGAAUCUGGCGAAUCUGACGAAUCUGGCGAAUCUGGCGAAGGUAUUUAUGAAAAUAGCCUCGAUGGCUAUAAUGUUGCCGUCAACCAACAAGAGAGCUUGAACGGAGGACCAGAAACACCAGUCGCAAGAGCCAAUCCUCAGGACAGUGACGAAGAGAUGGGGAGUUCCGAGUCUGAUGCCGCCGGUGAUCGUGGUGUAGGUAUACUGGAGGAGCAGACCCUCCUAGCAUCUACAACGGACGACGCUCAAAUGACCGAUGUAUGGCGACCAAAUGAAGAGGAAAGGAAAAGAAUAGGAGAUGCAGCUCACGAAGUGUUCAGUGACCUCAUGGACCAAGAUGGAGACUCCUCGGAAGGCACAGAACCAGAAAGACAGCUGUCAACGAGUCCAACGAGAGAGAUAGCAAACGAAGAUACUGCUAUGCAGGAUAUGCAGUCGUUUGCACCGCCCGACGUUGACAUCUCGAUUCAACAACCAGAGGCCCCGAGUACCAAGAUAGGGAUGACUGACUCAGAGCAAGAAGAGGUUGCAAGGCAGCUUAUAGACGCGUAUAAGGGGACAGACAAAGACAAGUUCUACGCUCAAACUCCCACGGACAACGAUCCUCCUGAUCCAGUAAAAGAAGCCACCGCUGAACAGCUCGCUACCCGAAAGAUUGCGAAACCGAAGCCGCGAGCACAUAAGAACACUCCCGUGGUCCACUCAACCCUCGAGUCAGUGUCGCAAAGAGAACCUCAUACACAGCCAGAAACAUUACAACAAACGCCCUCCCCGGUCAAUGAAGACAGCGGAAAUGAUACAGCGAAGGCGGACUUGGCGGCUCGCUGUCUAUUAGCCCUCGCAGGUGCUGGGGGUAUUGUUGCCGGGAAUGGUGCUUCAAACCAGGCAGUUUCUCCUUCAGGCAAAGAGUCUAGUCAUAAGAAUACUGAAGCCCAACAGACUGAUUCAGAUACAUCAAACAGUCAGAAAGCUAACACUCAUGAGACUAACGCGCAGGAGUCGUCCAUCAGUGAGCCUGAACCAAACUCACGACAACCUCAAAGCGUCCCUGCAUCAAUCUUGCCAGCUGAAAGCCAGCCCUCACUUGUUCAGUCACCGCCCACUCAAGCACCGCCAGACCAACAAUCACCAGCAGCCGCAAGCACAGCCGCAGCUCAGCAAUAUACUACUACCGCCAAAACACCACCCACCGUAGCGGGCUCCAGCAAUACGCAACAACAGUCGAAUAUUUCUCCCAUGAUUUUAGGUGGACUGGUACUUCCAGGGGGCAACCCAACGCUUUGUAACCCAACAGCAACAGCCAGCCCAGCACCUAAGAAACCCGGCCCCAGCCCCAAGGAGGUUGCAGAGUUCAACAAGAAAGAACAGGCACGACUGAAGCAGCGAAGACAGAAUAAGCCACCACCCAGUGUCUUGCGGCCGCCGAGACGGCCUGGUCCAGCUCCAUCGACACCUCACAGACCGCAGAAGAGUCCAAACUCUUCCACUCAAGGGCGGUCGCCAUCACUAACGGCUACCGAUGAGUUCGAUGAGAAUAAGAAGGCUGAGAUGGAGCUGACGUUUGGUACCCAAGGUUCUCAUAAAAAGAAACAAGGCCUACAGCUUAUCGACAUCAAGGACGUCCCGGAUCAUCUCAGAGCUCAGAUACAGGAACAUGAUGCGGAAGAUGCCUAG